GUUACGUUGACCCAAACCGUCAUGGUUAACAAAAAUAUUGAAAGUGAAGAAGAUCUACCUUGUCAAGAUCCUCUUGUGAUAUUUACAGAUGCUGCGGACAAGGACUAUUUUGUAGGAAAUGAACGAAGUGGCAAUUUUGUUUUGAGGAGAAAGUUGUAUAGCCCGUUGACAAAAAGCAAAGUACAAGCAAAUAAAAAUAAUCUAAUCAAAUCGAUCAUUUCGGUCAUUGGAAAGUUAAAAAUUAGCAGAACGAAUAAGCAUUUGGUAGCAAAAGAGAUAGAGCGGAACUUGGUUGCGGGUGAUACCAAAUCGUGUAACCAAAGUGGUGAGAAUAAAAACGAUCAAGAAGAAAAGAAUUGGAGCUGA